CCCAGAUUCCGCCCCCGCAUAUCAGCCCCCUCUUCAACUUAUAACUCACUUGACUCAACUCUCAUCUCCUCUCCUCACUUGCCUAGUCACAACUCUUACAUACAACUAAAUAUCUCAUAAUGGGUACGAUUUCGAUAAGAAAGUUCAUUCGCUGGCUCCCAGACGAGGCCUCUGAGCCAACAUCGACUAUAGUCGUAACAUCACCACGCCUCAAGCGCUUCGUUGAUCUACGCAUUCUCCUCCCCGAUAACGACCCAUCAUGGACCGGUCAAGAUGAACCCCUUCCUCUAUCUCGUCUAGACUGGGCCAUAGCCGGCACAACAGUAUCCACCAAAAUCCCCGACCCAGACGGAAACUUGACUUCCCACUCAACGUUCCACCAAUGGAUAUCAUCCCGCACUCUCGACUCCGACGCCGGCUUCAUGUACCCUCAACCAAACGAUCUAACCCUCGAAAAGGGAAGUAUGGUUAACCCUGAUACUGGAAUCGACACAGCGUAUGAAGAGCUAUGGCAUGAUGCUACGCCAACUGCUGUGCCUGGCGAACCAGCUGUCAGAGCGCUUGUUCUUCAAACGGAGGAUGAGAAGAACGGAGUGAGGGGCUCAGUAGUGAGAUUGGGAUGUUAUGCGCAGGGGCUGAUCAGAGUUGGAGAGAAUAUUUCACUCGAAAGAUGGGAGUGGAAAGAGGGGUGGAAGAGGACUAUUAGAAUGGGAGAUGCGGAAUUGCCGAUUGAGAAAAUUCUGGGCGAAGAGACAUUGAAAGAGGGGGACACGGUUGAUGUUGGUGGGAGAGAAUGGAAAGUUAUUGAAGAGAGUGGGAAAGACGGGUCAAAGUUGUGAUGGCAGUUCACAUGAUCUAAAGCAGUCAACUCAAUUACACUCAUGUGAGCCUCAAUUAUCAUCAGCGCAAACUCUCUCGGUCCGCUCGACCGAGUUUGAAAUGCAUUUUGUCUACACAUCUGUGUAGCGGCACUUAACAAGUCUUUGAACUCUCACACUAAUCACUACAGCGAUGCUCUCUCGCAUGCCGUCUCCAUCCAGUUCAUUUAGGUCCCCCUCUGGUAGCUUUUGUCUUUCCUCCCCGGUCUUUCCGUCAUCUAGUAGAACCACCUUCUAGGCCAUCCACCGCUGAGCAUCGCAAACAAACGCAUUAUAAAACUUGAUCCUCCUCUACUUUGGUCCAUACAGCAAAGCCCGCUCCGGGGACUUCCUCGUCCCAUCAUGCUUCUUAUAAAAACUCGAACAACAUGCGUAGAAAUUUCCACGAUGUAAAAGCAAAACGCCCUUCCAUGGUUUAAACAAUUGUGUUCGUAACCGAUCAACAUCUUCUGAAACCGAAACCUGUAAGCAAGGCGCAAUAAAACAGUGAAUGCGCAAACGAUAUCGCAAUCGAUAUCGCAAUGUGAAGCUUAGACAGCCCAGCUGCCUCGUCGUUCUCGGACACCCCAUCCAACGGGGUCCAUGCUGUCGAGGUUGGGGUGCUGUCUAGCCCACUCCUUAAUAUAGGAUUGGAGAGCAUGCCAUCGAGGGCAUCUCUGAUCGCGAGGCUUGUCGGCCUCUGAUUCGACGAGGUGGCCUUGGGCGAGUUGCUUCUCAUCAUCUCUCUCAAGGUCUUCAAUACUCAUCAAGCUAAUACGUGAAAGCUCGCCAUCAAAAGCGCGGGCCAUAGCAGGAUAGCCUAGCGAUAGAUAGUUGUACACUUGGGUGACAAAGCUAUCAUCAAACUCCUGAUCAAUCUUAUCUUCGAGCUCUGCAUGUGCCUUUUCCUUCUGCAGACGCUCGUUAAUACCAUGCAGCAUGUGGAGUCCCUUGGGGGGACCGGCCCGUGUCCGGUGCUGCGCUACACCGUUGGCCUGGCCAUUGGCUGCUCCGAUCAUGGCAGGCUCGUCUGUGUAUGGUGGAGAGCUGAUUUUUGAAGCGUCACCGGGAGUGGCCGCCGGUCUGGGCGUGGCGAGCAUUGGUGGGGCAUGCAGGUCUGCUGGCACCAGGUAGUUGUCAUUCGAGUCUGAUCUGAAGCAAUAGCCUCUCCAGAGACCAUUCUGACCCGAAAGAUCCCGGAACUUCUCUUCGGCAUGGCGUUCUGCGAAUGGGUGAUCGGGCUCGAGCUUGGUCUGCUUGGGAGACGGACACCUCCGGAAAACGAGGUCUUUGCCGAGCAUGGGCGGUGUGACACCCAGACGCUUCUUCUGGAACGAGGGAGCAGGCGAUCCGCGUCCGAAAGGUCGGUAUCCGAAGGGUCGGGCGAGGUUGCGCGUGGCAGCAAAGCCGCCGGUGUCUGGGGGUAUUUGAGAAGCUUUGGCGUACGGGACAUCUGCAGAUCUAACGGCCGGGGCCGAUGGGAUGAAGGGCAUCGUAGAUUCGCCAAUGUGUCGGGAUGCUGCAGGUGCCGGGGACGAUGCCUUGCUGCGUUGCUCGGCUGUCAAAUAAGAUUCUGUGUCAAGCAACGGCAUAUGCGUCUCACCAAUCGGGCCACUGACACCGAUCGAUGACCGCUUGCUACUGCUAUCACGAGGGGUGUUCGAGGUGGUCCACAUCGGAUCCGGAGGAGGUUCAAGGUCCAUUGCAUCGAGGUCUGCCGUAUCGGUUCGCAUCAUAACAUCCUCGUCCUUCUUAACCGCUGGUGCUUCCACUGCAGGUUCUUCAACGAGGGUGUCCAUCUCCCCAGGCUUCUCGUCAAUCGCCAUAGCAUCCUCAUCUUUCUGCUGUUGUUCCUGCUCCUGCUUGGCCUCGACAUGCUCCUGCAUGUGUUUAUGCCACCAGCCGAGAUUGCUGUCGGACGAUUGCCGCCGCACAUUGUGAUGGUGUUUGACGGGAUGGCCAUGGUGAUCAUGCACGGGAGAAGUGCUCUCGGGAGAUUGAUCACUUCCUGAACUCUCACGGAAGUAAAAAUGAUCGACAUUUCCUUCACGAACGUGACUGUUGGGGAACGCGGCGAGAGCGGCCUCCUGCAUCUGGCGCUCCGCCUCCUUCGCAGCGAUCUCUAGCAGAAACGAAACGACAUUCUCAUCCUCGGAUUCGCGACGUCUGGGGCCAUUGGAAGGGGAUUCGUGGGCAUCGUCUCGCCGCCUGCCGCGGUGUUUUGUGGCGGUGUAAAUGUUCUUUGUGUAAGGGGUAAUGUCGGUCUUGUCGGUAGGUUUGGUCGCAGGUCCUGCAUCUCCAACUCUGCGGCUUCUACGGGACGAUUCGAUCAACUGGGGAGCGAAGCGUCGCUUUGGUCGCUGCUGGUGCUUCUUCUGCAACUCAUUCAAGCCAGGUGAGGGAGAACGAGGCGAGGGCUCGGGUGUAGGUUCGGGAUUAGGUCUCAUUGUGCGAGGCGUCUUUUUCUCAUCUGAUCUGUUGCUUGAUCGACUGGUUGAAAAUGUGGUCUCAAUGGGCUCUGGAACAAACCGUCGCCGAGGUUUGUCUGUCGUGGCCAUGAUGAGGGGAGGAGAAAGAAAAGACCAGGGUUCGGGAAUAGAUGACUCGUGCGGACUUGACUGGGUUGAUGCGAGCUCGUUCGUACUUGGCCUACGUUGCGCUCGCUCGCUCGCGGUGCCUGUGCCUGUCCUGUGCUUGUGAUGGAGGGGCAGGGGGGGACAAAAACAAGUGAGUAAUAGUAGUGUUUGCCUUAGGUAAGGGCAAUGAGAAGACCGCAAUUGGGGUAGACCGCAGGAUGUUUCGGUGGAGGAAGGGUAAAAGGCUAUAGUGGGAAGGGGAAAAGAAGAAAAGUAGAAGGGAAGAUUAAAAAAAUGUGAAGGUGGUUUGCUAGUGACGACAGUCAACUUUUGCUCUGGUAGAGAAAAGCAGUUGGAAUAAGAGACUCCGACUGCGCGGGCGACCUUGGUUUUAGCAACAGCAGAGGCCAGAGCAAAAAGAGCGGGCGGGGCGAUAGAGGCACCUCACCUCACUAAACAGUACAGUACCAGGAUAAGUCUGUUUUCGGUAGUAGAGGUACAUGGAUGGAAUUGUCUCUGAUCCAUCCAUUCAUUCUCUUGGUGACGAGAAUGGAAGCGGGAAAUGGCUGGCGUCCGACGCCGGCGGUCACAAGUUCACAUUUCAGUCAAAUCAACGGGCAACGGACCCUUGUCAAUGGAUGGAGUGU